CUUGCCCCCUCCGCCAAGAUGGGCUGCCAUGCUGUGGACUUGUGGGCAGUAGAAGCAGAACUUAGACCCCGGCGGAUAUUUAGAAAUACGGAGGAGGCCGAAACCGCCGGGCCCAAGCCGCGUUUCAAAGAGCCACAGGCCCUGCUGCCAUUCCAGGGUGGUGGUCCGUGGGCCGUGGCUACCGCGUGUGGCCUCAACCCAGCGCUCAGAUGGCGCUGCUUCAUUGCACUCUGUCCGGCUGUGCACUGGAACAGAUUUCUUUUCCGUUCCCCUUUAGAAAAUGGCAGCCGGCCCGUCUGCCGUGAGUUGUCGGGCCACGUGUCAAAAGCCAAAUGUGCUGGGCCAUGUGUCAAGUGCCAAAAGUGCCGGGAACCUCGAGCCAAUCCCCGGCUCAUUGUCCCGGCUUAUUGUCCCGGCUUAUUGUCCUGGCACCGGGCUUUCAGAAUAUAGCCCAUUCGCUCCACCACAUCCAGCCCGGAAGCGGCCACAAAAAAUUGGAACCCCGGAAACCAGACACGCGCCGGAACGCCCGCCUGACGAUUUUCCAUGGCGUGCCUCGCUGGACCCAGCUCAGGGCCGCUGUUUCAAUUCCCAUUCGCUCCACCACAUCCAGCCCGGAAGCGGCCACAAAAAAUUGGAACCCCGGAAACCAGACACGCGCCGGAACGCCCGCCUGACGAUUUUCCAUGGCGUGCCUCGCUGGACCCAGCUCAGGGCCGCUGUUUCAAUUGUCCCAAUGGUCCACUGUCAGUUGCAAAAUGUCCCGUCAGCCUGGCCCAAACAGGCGCGCCCGACUGCAAAAUCUACAGGCGGACUCUACUGCAGGGCCAAACCCCAGUGCCAGCCGGCCAAACCUCGCCCAGGCGUGCCCAGUCCAGACAUGCCAAAUGCAUGUCUACGGGUGCCCAGCAUAUCUGCCGGCGCCUCCUGCGAUCUACGGAUUCUGCCGGCGCCUCCUGCUAUCUACGAAUUCUGCCGAAUUCACCCAAUUUGCCGAAUCUGCCGAAUCUACCAAAUGCUGCUGGAAUCCGCCGAUCCGGCCGAUCCUGCCAAUCGCUCACGUGCGUUCUAGCUGCCGAUCGCCCAGUGCGAACUGGCCGCCGCGCUUAUGGCCUGACCUGCACACAGCGCGCCAGCCGGCCUCACCAUUCCAUCCAUGGCCCAAGCUCACCUUUGUUCCUUCAAAAAGAACGCAUCCCCACAAUUCUCUGCCCU